AUGGCGAUGGUCAAGGUUGGCGAGACAUCGACACCGGUGGUGGAGACGGUGGGGCCGGCUUUGUAUCCGCGCCUCGAUCGCAAGGACUACAGGCUUUGGGCCCUCAACAUGGAGGUGGCCCUGGAAGCUGCAGAGAUCUGGGAGGCUGUCGAUCCUGGCGGCAAUGAUUACGCCAAGGGAGGCGCGAAGUACACGAAGGAUCGCAAAGCAUUAACGGAGAUCUAUUCCGUCGUGCCGAAGGACGUGAUGCAGCACCUCGUCGGAAAGAAGUCGGCGAAGGAUGCGUGGGAGACGAUCAAGAGCUUGCACCAAGGUCAUGCCCGCGUGAGGGAAGCGCAUCUUCAAACUUUGACGAAAUGUUAUGAAGAUCUGAAGAUGCAGGAAAUCGAGACGGUUGAUCAGUUUGCCGCCAGUUUCUUCACCCUCAUUAACGCAAUCAGGGGAUAUGGCGAGAGGUUGGAUGAGGUCAAGAACGUCAGAAGGUUCUUGCGUGCCGCACCGGCGCGCUAUAUGCAGAUCAUUACGUCGAUUGAACAGUGUCUCGACCUGAAUACACUGACGGUUGAUGAUCUCGUCGGAAGGUUCAAGGCCCACGAUGAGAGAAUCCGGCUUAGCUUCGAUGACCCGGACCAGAGUGAGCACUUGAUGCUCACGAAGCAGCAGUGGACGACUCUUUCGAAAAAAAGCAAGGAGGGUCCAUGA